GGGAGGUAUGCUGAAUCGGAUUCAGAGCAUUCUAAAAGAAUUAAUCGAGAGCUGAUUGAUACUGAAUAUAAGAAGGCAGCGGAGGUAUUUAAAAUGUUAAAACAAAAGACACCUAUCAAGGAGUGA